AUGCGUCUUCAAUCAUGGCUCCAUCUCUUCGCAGCCACAGUGACAUGCGACGCACACAUGGCAAUGGUUAACCCGCCCCCUCUCAAAUCGAACGUUAACCCAAAUACACCCCUCGGAACCGCUGACUACAGCUAUACAAAUCCCCUGUCUGGCAGCGGAUCCGACUACCCUUGCAAGGGUUACUUGAGCCUGCUAGGCACUUCAGAGGGAACGCCUGUCGACACGUGGGACGCUGGAGAGCCACGCUCUGUCACCAUCUCGGGGGGUGCAGUUCAUGGCGGAGGAUCCUGUCAGAUCAGCCUUUCGGUCGACAAAGGCAGAACAUUCAAAGUCAUUCACAGCUACAUUGGCGGCUGUCCCGCAGGAGAAGGGGCCAUGCUCAAGUUCACCGUCCCCGCCGAAACACCACCAACGGAACAAGCGGUUCUAGCGUGGUCAUGGUUCAACAACUUGGGAAACAGGGAGAUGUACAUGAAUUGCGCUGUUAUUAGAAUUGCCCACGGGGGCGCAGGCUCCGGUUUCAAAAGAAGGCCCAACAUUUUCCGGGCAAACAUUAACCAGUGCAGGACGGUCGAGUCAAAGGAUCUCAUGUUUCCAAAUCCUGGACCCAAUGUCGACCUCAACAACCCUGGUGCUGUGCCGCCGACCGGAGAUUGCGAAACCGGUCCCGGAGCAGCUGACUUAGAUGGCUCUGACCCUGAUUCGGAACCUGGGAAUGACGAUGAGAACGAAGGCAUGGGAUUCAAGCCAGGCAAUGACUGGCCUCCUGGGUUCAAAGAAAACAGUACUUGGGCGAUAGUGGUGGGGCCUCAUGAAAUACUGGUGCUACUAGGCGUUAUAAUGCUCAGUAUAUGCUUGCAUCAUACCUGGUUUAGCAACUUCUUAUAA